AUGACGCUGUUUAUCCUUACGGAGACGAGCGCCGGUUAUGCGCUGCUCAAGGCCAAGGAUAAAAAGCUGUUGAAGCGCGAUGAUCUAGUGGCUGAGACUCAAACGGCGGAGGGCGUCUCCAACCUCAUGAAAUUGAAGAAUUUCCAGAAAUUUGACAAUGCGGCCACGGCGCUAGAAGAAGUCGCAGCUCUGGUUGAGGGGAAGGUCACGCCUCGAUUGGCUAAUUUGCUUGAAUCGAUUAAAGAUGAGAAAAAGGUAUCGUUGGCUGUUGCGGAUCCAAAACUUGGAAAUGCCAUUGGCAAAAUUCCAGGACUCUCAAUACAGCCAAUUGCGGACUCCACUACCACGGAUCUCUACCGAGCAAUCCGAGAACAUCUUCCUUCUCUGAUACCAGGCCUUCUGCCAUCCGAUAUGUCCAUGAUGUCAUUGGGUCUAUCUCACUCGUUAGCCCGACACAAGCUCAAGUUCUCACCAGACAAAAUCGACACCAUGAUUGUCCAGGCCAUUGGUCUGCUGGAUGACCUCGACAAGGAACUGAACACCUAUGCCAUGCGUGUGAAGGAAUGGUACGGCUGGCAUUUCCCCGAACUUGCCAAGAUUCUCAACGAUAACAUUGCCUACGCCAAAGUCGUGCUGAAAAUGGGCAUGCGUUCCAACUCAGAGAAUGCGGACCUUUCUGAUAUUCUGCCGGAGGAAAUUGAGACAGCUGUGAAGGGUGCUGCGGACCGGUCCAUGGGUACGGAUAUCUCCGCGGAAGAUCUCGACAAUAUUCAAGCUCUGGCAGAGGAAGUUGUUGGUUUCUCAGAGUACCGCCAGCAACUUGCAAACUACUUGUCCGCCCGAAUGACUGCCAUCGCCCCUAAUCUUACAGCCUUGGUGGGAGAAUUGGUGGGUGCUCGAUUGAUUGCGCACGCUGGAAGCUUGGUGAAUCUGUCCAAGAGCCCUGCCAGUACUAUUCAGAUUUUGGGAGCUGAAAAGGCGCUCUUUCGCGCCUUAAAAACUAAACACGACACCCCAAAAUACGGUCUUAUCUACCACGCGUCUCUUAUCGGGCAGGCCACUGGCAAGAACAAGGGCAAGAUGGCCCGUAUUUUGGCCGCAAAGGCUGCCAUUGGUCUUCGCGUCGAUGCCCUGACUGAUUGGCCAGUCGAUGCUGACGGUAACGAACCUACCGAAGAAGAGAAAGCUGCCCUUGGUAUAGAAUCGCGAUACUAUCUUGAGAAGAAGUUAGCUGCUAUGGAGGGCAAAUCCCUUAAGCCGAGAGGUGUCGGUAUCGGCCCCAACGGCGUUCCAACCGCCCAGCCCAAGAAAUGGGAGAUCAACGAAGCUAGAAAAUAUAACCCAGAUGCUGAUGGGCUAGCAGUGGAUGAAGGUGCAGCUGCAUCAUCGUCGAAGAAACAAAAGAAGGAAAAGAAGCUGAUUGAGGAAGUUAAGGAACCUGAGGACGAAGAUGAGAGUGAGGAAGAGUCUGAUGAAGAUGUUGAGAUGGGAGAUGAUGACGAGAAGCCCGUAGCCAAUUCGUCCAAAACACUAGUUGCCGCACCUUUGUCGGACGUAGAGGAUUCAGAAGAAAAAUCCGAAGAGGAGGAAUCAAAGAAAUCAAAGAAGAGUUCCUCAGAUAAGAAAUCCAAGAACAAGAAGGAAAAAUCGAAGAAAUCUGCAAAGGAGGGUGCCAGUGGCACUGCUGGCGAUCUGGAAAAGAUGGCUGCCAAGGCUGGUCUUAGUAUUAGCCGGUAUCAGCGGAAACUUGAACGGGGCGAGAUUACAUUUGACAGUGAAGGAAACCCGAUCGCGGUUAGCAAGAAGGAUCUGAAGAAAGCAAAAAAGGAGGCGAAGAAGGCUGCUAAGGCUGCUGAGAAGGAGGCGGGGAAGAAGCGGAAACGGACAGAGGAUGAUGGAGAGGGUGAGUCGAAGAGUGAGAAGAAAAAGAAGAAGAAGACUCUGCCAUUUUCUGCUAGCCUCCGCUCCAAACUCCAAGCUGCGUUAUAUGAAACAAAAAAGUCGGGAAUCCUCGACAGGCAAUCCGCAAUCCUAACAAAUGUCGAGGUGCUGGCGCAUUUCAGAUUGAACCCUCCACGGAAACCUCCCAACCCGCCGCCCAACUCGAGAAAUUCUAUACCCAAGCCAGAUUUGCGGGAUCAUAAUACGGUUGUUAAGGAGUUCCAUGACUACGUAACACGCCUCUCGCCGCACCUGCUGAAGUACCCUAGCUUUACAGCUCCAGAUGCUUCAAGUGAAGGUGAUGAUACCAGCACUGGCGGAACCGAUGCUACACAAACACAGUCCACAGACCUUGACAUCGCCCUACACGAAGUGAUCCACCAACUACGGCCGUUCCAGCUCACGAAGGCAGAGGUGCUCAUGAUUGUGAAUUUGGGUGUUGGGCUUGAUUCAGGCGCUGGUGGAGAGGGAGGGGGAGAAGAUGGUGGUGGUGAGGGGGCGGGAGAGAGUAUGGAGGUUGAUGGGGCGGAGGGUGGAGAGGGGGAAGGUGGAGAAGAAGGUAUCGAUGAGGAGGCAGAUUAUGGUGCUCUUGCGCUGUUGGAUACUGUUAUUGAGGAUCGGGAGGAGAGGUUGAGUACGGAAGAUGUUAGGGAGAUAUUGAGAGUUGUUAGGGAGACAUUGGGGAAGGGUAGGAGGAGGGGUAGUUCUGUUGCUGGCGGCGGGGGAUGA